CAGUACACGAAUCGCACACGCACGCGGUGCACUUGAACAGGGCACAAGCCGGGUAAAAAACGGCUUUUGCUGUUUACGUGUUUUGAUAUUUCAUCCGCAACGUUUGAACUAGAACGACCAAAAACACAGAAAACUGCAUUUCUUCGUUAUGCGGCCGUCCGCGGCUUUUGGUAAACCUUUUACAUAUUUAGCGGCCGUUCCGCCCACCGAUCAGCCACAAUCUCCGCCGGUGUCAAUUGUUACUUCUACGCCACCAACACCGCCGAUUCGUACUGUUACAAAACGAAAACCACCGGUACCACCACCAAGAGGUGAACAGACCAGGCUAACAACUGUACAACCUGUCUCAAAAACCGAAAAUGUGCCAGUCUCUCAAGCUACAGUAAGUCCUGCGGUGAUCUUAGCGUCAUGCACGCCGGUAACGUCUGUGACAGCGGUUAUGCAGCCUCCCAUACAUUUACCAGUUACUAUAACUAGUAAUGCUCCAGAACAAGUACCCUCUGUUUGUACACCAUUGGAACCCGAGGAAGAUUUAACUGCAUCAGCUUUAAUAAGUAAGUUUGAAAAUAGCUGUGCUGUGACGUCAUCGUUGACGGCUUCAAUGGCAACAACCGUUACAAAGCAAUCUGUUCAAGAUCACCGGCCGUCUGAAGUAGAUUCUGGUACUUCUACGCUAGCUGAAAGUACUGACGACGAUGAUGAUAAUGCAGAUGCUAGAGUUGAAGAAGAAGACGACGGAGCGGCAGAUAUAUGGGUGCGAACAAUAGAUUCACCGAUAAAGAAUGUUCAACAUCCUCAAAAAGUUCGCCAUAGUUCAGAUAGCGCGAUUAAAGCUUUACCGCGAGGGCCAUCCCCGUUGGUGGAAAAACGAGGGAGUUUACCAUCAGAUUCCAUCAAAGAGUCAACUGUACUAGACAAGAAGUCAUCGCCUCCGUUACCAACAAAAGAUCUUGUAAAAUCUUCUUUUCGGUCGUCGAACGGUCGCUGUUCUUCACCUGCACUACUAGCUCUCACUAAUCAACAAUCGUCCAAGAAAAUGAGUGCUGCCGAGGCACUUGGUGUAGUUGCUAAACCUUGCCCACGUAUAAUUCCAUCCGUGUUUGAUGUGAAUAGACGUCAAUCUUUAGGAAAUUUAUCUGAACCAAAAUUUAGCAGUACGAUUUCCACCCGAUCAUCUUGGGGGCAACCGUCCGGUGUACAAACAGACGUCGAGUCUACUCAAAGUGAACCGACGUUCGAUUUUAGACGUAAAAAAUUAACUAAACGAUGUUCAAGUGCUGAUGGUAGAAAUCCUGUACAUUUCCACCAUCACCAUCACCAUUACCAUACGUUGUCUAGUAGAGUGACGGCCGAACGUGAUCCUAACUUUGGUGCCAAACGGGCGUUUAUCCAAGAAAAACUUUCCGCUGCUCAAUCUAAUAUUUUGACUCUCCCACGACCUCCUCUUGCCAUACAGAAUGGAAAUGAUUGUAAACCUUCCAAUCGAUCGUCAUGUAAUUGUGGACAACAUCAGGCUACAUCUAAGCCAAUGGCGAUGAAUAAACGAACAGUUUCAGCCGAAGAAUUGUUACCUCCAUCCGAAAUAGAUGAGUUUAUUACCGGUUCAAUGGCUUCAUCAACAGGUCGCGCUUCUUUUGGGAGGUCGCAACGGGUUACAUUUGCUUUAGAUCAACCAUUUCUAACGUCCAGAUCGGUAGGAUGUGUACCAGAUACAGCAAAAAAACCUAUCAAGAGUAACUUAAAGGUUAAAGAUACCUCCACAACUACUCCGGUAGAAGUACUAUCUAGCAACGUCAAUACUAGACUACCUCCUCAGCAUCCACAUCCUUAUGGAAUAGCAUAUCGACUUCCAGUGAAUGCUACUGAUAUUUUGCAGAGCAAAGGAAAUCCGGGUGUGAUAAAAACAUUACACAAGCCAAAGCAAUCGUCAUAUGGAGGUUCUCCGUCACCUGAUUUAAUGUUAAAAGAAGGAAAUAUACGAAGGGGUCGACCGCAGACAAAUUUAUAUGAUGGUUGUGCUACUCUAAACGGAGGAUUAGGACGACACUCGUCCUCUGCAUCAUCUGGAAUAUCAGAUGCAUCAAUUGAAACGGACAAUACCUUGGUGUACAGAGAUGGAAUUUUACUAUCUGGCCCAUUACCAAGUCUUGUUCAGCACCUGGUUCCUACCGCAGAUUAUUACCCAGAUCAGGCUUAUCUGUUCGCAUUUAUUCUCAGUUCACGGUUAUUCGUGAAACCACACGAGUUACUUGCAAAGGUUGUAGCUAUUUGCCAGGCUCAACAGAAGCUUGGAGAUUACGUUUCAGCCGCACAAAAUUCUCAUCAUAAGGAUCAACUGUCACGAUUCGUACCUAAACUUGUGCAGCUGUUAGCCGAAUGGACGGACAAAUUCCCUUAUGAUUUCCGUGAUGAACGGGUUAUGAUCCACGUUCGUGAAAUCACUCAUCAAUGUGUGUCUGUAGAACCUGCCGUCCGGCAUCAGGUGUCUGCCAUUUUGCAGACUUUGUUACACAAGCUCACUUUGUUGGAUAAGUACGAAACAUUCCUGCACCAAACCGGCACGGACGUUACCGUUGCUUCUGCCGAUGCCUUGUCACCGACGGAUACUAUGGACGUGUGUUCAAAUGCUGCAAUACUGGCACAACAACUUACUCUUAUCGAACUAGAGAGGUUAUCUUAUAUAGGGCCUGAAGAAUUCGUCCAAGCAUUUGCCAAAGACAGUCCACAUGUAGAUUCUUCUUUCAAAGAUAUGAAAAAAACCAAAAAUCUCGAAUCCUAUAUUCAUUGGUUCAACAGGCUAAGCUAUUUGGUAGCAUCUGAAGUGUGCAAGCAUUCAAAAAAAAAACAACGAGUAAAAGCCAUCGAGUUUUGGAUCGAAACUGCUAGAGAGUGUUUUAAUAUUGGUAAUUUUAACUCUCUAAUGGCUAUUAUAGCUGGACUUAAUAUGUCACCCAUCAGCCGCCUUAAAAAAACAUGGCACAAAGUUCAACAAUCAGCCAAAUUCACUAUUCUGGAGCAAUAUAUGGACCCAUCUUCGAAUUUCAGUAGCUACAGAUCCACAUUAAAAGCAGCUUUGUGGAGGAGUGCUGGUGCUACGGAUCAACGGCAAAGGGUUGUCAUACCAUUUUUCUCAUUGCUUGUUAAAGACAUAUAUUUCCUUAAUGAAGGAUGUCGGAACAGAUUAGACAACGGUCACAUUAAUUUUGAAAAGUUCUGGCAGCUAGCUAAACAGGUGACAGAGUUCAUUUCGUGGAAGCAGGUGGCCUGUCCGUACGAGAAAAAUACCAAACUUGUGUUGUUCUUGUUCACCACGCCUGUGCUUAACGAAAAAGCACUUACGUUAUUAUCAUUUGAACGCGAACCGCCGGACAACAGCGUAGAAAAAGAACACUACAAAACUUUAAAGACUGCAUUGUAAUAUGCUGUAUUUCAAAUUUGGAUACACAACACCGUGACUUUUUUCUUCUGAUUUCUUCUAAGUCUGUUUUAAGAUUUUUCAAAGCACGUAAAGGUGUAAAUGUUUUUUUUUUCAUUAGUUUAUAAGUUUAAUUAUCAUUGCACUCAAUGCUUCCAUGUUAGUAUUGCGUUAAUCGUAAAUACAAAAUGAUAUAUAUAUAUAUAUAUAAUUAUAAAUAAAGUAAAUAUUAAGAAUAUCACUUAAUUUAAUUUAUAAUUUAAUAAGAUGUAUUUUUGUAUGUACUUAUACUUUAUAUUCAUUGAACUUAU